AUGGAACAGCAUAGUGUGAUAAGCAAAGUUGAAUCCAGUGCCUGGGCGACCCCGAUUGUCGUGGUGAUGAAAAGUGAUGAUAGGACACCACGGAUCUGUGGAGACUAUCGACUGACGUUGAAUCCCAGAUUGCGGAGAUGUGCAGCGACCACCAUGGAGCCCGAGGAUUUCAUGAAGUCAUUGCAUGAAUGCCAAGAUCGAAUUGGCGGACGCAUACCUAUGGAUUCCACUCGAUGUCGAAUCUCGCUGAGUAACAAAAAUCAACACGUCGUGGGCAAUGUACCAGUAUAA